UGCGGCAAGGAAGGCGAUUGCGCAGGUGAGCUGGGCGAGCUGGGCGAGCUGGUGCAGGCCGUCUGAGGCCCAGGCCCGAGGGGCUCCGGAGGAGCGGCCUUCUUCUGGCAGGCGCGGCCGACCACCAGUGAGUUCCUGCUUGGGAGAAUCGAGCAGAGAAACCGAGAUAGGCCUCCAGGACUGCUCAUGCUGCUGCGGGCCAACAGGCUUUCACCAUGAACAUGAGGAAGCCACUCUGCUCUAACUCCGUGAUUGGGGUCUGCACCCUCAUCUUCUUGGUUUCUGCUGUUAUUGUGGGCCACCUCAUGCUCCGUGACUUCAUGCUGCUUCCGCAGGACUUUCAUGAGUCCUCUCCAGGACUGCAGAAGACCUUCAGAGCUCACCACUGGGAAGGUUACGGGCCAAGGCCCCAGCGCCUCCAGAAGCACCCCGACCAUCCCGCAGCGGUGCCCAUGCAGUGUGACGUGCCCCCCAACAGCCGCUUUGACUGCGCCCCGGACAAGGGCGUCUCCCGGGAGCAGUGCGAGGCUCGUGGCUGCUGCUAUGCCCCAGCAGGGCCGGUGCGGAAGGGGUCGCUGAUAGGGCAACCCUGGUGUUUCUUCCCUCCCAGUUACCCCAGCUACCGGCUAGAGAACCUGAGCGCUACAGAGACGGGGUACACAGCCACCCUGACCCGAACCAGGCCAACCUUCUUCCCAAAGGAUGUGCUGAGCUUACAGCUGGACGUGUUGAUGGAGACAGAUAGCCGCCUCCACUUCAUGAUCAAAGAUCCCACUAAUAAACGCUACGAAGUGCCCCUGGAGACCCCGCGUGUCCUGAGCCAGGCACCAUCCCCUCUCUAUAGCGUGGAAUUCUCAAAGGAGCCCUUUGGACUGAUUGUUCGCCGGAAGCUAGAUGGCCGGGUGCUGCUGAACACUACCGUGGCCCCCCUGUUCUUCGCUGACCAGUUCCUACAGCUGUCCACGUCACUGCCCUCCCAGCACAUCACAGGCCUCGCUGAGCACCUCAACCCGCUCCUGCUCCGAACCGAAUGGACUCGGAUCACCCUCUGGAACCGGGACAUGGCACCCUUGCAAGGUGCCAACCUCUAUGGGUCACACCCUUUCUACCUGGCACUGGAGGACGGUGGCUUGGCUCACGGUGUCUUCCUGCUAAACAGCAAUGCCAUGGACGUGAUCCUGCAGCCCAGCCCGGCCCUCACCUGGAGGUCAACAGGAGGGAUCUUGGAUGUGUACGUGUUCCUAGGCCCAGAGCCCAGGAGCGUUGUGCAGCAGUACCUGGAUGUUGUAGGAUACCCCUUCAUGCCGCCAUACUGGGGCCUGGGUUUCCACCUCUGCCGCUGGGGCUAUUCCUCCACUGCCAUCAUCCGCCAGGUGGUGGAGAACAUGACCAGAACGCACUUCCCCCUGGAUGUGCAGUGGAAUGACCUGGACUACAUGGACGCCCGCAGGGACUUCACCUUCAACCAGGACGGCUUUGCGGACUUCCCAGAAAUGGUUCGCGAGCUCCACCAGGGUGGCCGGCGGUACAUGAUGAUAGUGGACCCGGCCAUCAGCAGUUCAGGCCCUGCUGGGAGUUACAGGCCCUAUGAUGAGGGUCUUCGGAGGGGCGUGUUCAUCACCAAUGAGACUGGGCAGCCACUGGUUGGGAAGGUAUGGCCUGGAUUCACCGUCUUCCCCGAUUUCACCAACCCUGAGACCCUUGACUGGUGGCAGGACAUGGUGUCUGAGUUCCACGCCCAGGUGCCCUUUGAUGGAAUGUGGAUUGACAUGAACGAACCAUCCAACUUCAUUAGAGGCUCCCAGCAGGGUUGCCCUGACAACGAACUGGAGAACCCUCCCUAUGUGCCCGGGGUGGUUGGCGGGUCCUUGCAGGCAGCCACGCUCUGUGCCUCCAGCCGCCAGUUCCUCUCCACACACUACAAUCUGCACAACCUGUACGGCUUGACGGAAGCCAUCGCCUCCAACAGGGCCCUAGUGAAGACUCGGGGCACACGACCCUUUGUGAUCUCCCGCUCAACCUUCGCUGGCCACGGCCGGUACGCUGGCCACUGGACAGGGGAUGUGUGGAGCACCUGGGAGCACCUUUCUUACUCUGUGCCAGAAAUCCUGCAGUUUAACCUGCUAGGCGUGCCCCUGGUCGGGGCGGACAUCUGUGGCUUCCUGGGAAACGCAUCAGAGGAGCUGUGUGUACGCUGGACCCAGUUGGGGGCCUUCUACCCCUUCAUGCGGAACCACAAUGACCUCAAUAGCAUGCCUCAGGAGCCGUACAGGUUCAGCGAGACAGCUCAGCAGGCCAUGAGGAGGGCCUUCACUUUGCGCUACGCCCUCCUGCCCUACCUGUACACGCUCUUCCACGGUGCCCACACCAGAGGGGACACAGUGGCCCGGGCUCUCUUCCUGGAGUUCCCUGAGGAUCCCAACACCUGGACUGUGGACCGCCAGCUCUUGUGGGGGUCAGCCCUGCUCAUCACACCUGUGCUUGAACCUGGGAAAACUGAAGUGACUGGCUACUUCCCCGAGGGCACGUGGUACAGCCUGCAGAUGGUACCAGUGGAAGGUCUUGGCAGCCUCCCAUCUCCACCAUCGUCUCCUCCGUCACCCCUCCGAUCUGCUGUCCACAGCAAGGGCGAGUGGCUGACGCUUGAAGCCCCACUGGACACCAUCAAUGUGCACCUGAGGGCAGGCUACAUCAUACCACUACAGGGACCCAGCCUCACAACCACGGAGUCCCGAAAGCAGCCCAUGGCGCUGGCUGUGGCGUUAACAGAAAGCGGCGAGGCCUGUGGAGAGCUGUUCUGGGAUGAUGGAGAGAGCCUUGGAGUUCUGGAGCGUGGGGCCUACACACUGGUCACCUUCUUGGCCAAGAACAAUACCAUCGUGAACAAGUUGGUACACGUGACCAAGGAGGGGGCUGACCUACAGCUGAGGAAGGUGACCAUCCUGGGAGUGACCACAGCUCCUACACAGGUCCUUUCCAAUGGUGUCCCUGUCUCCGAUUUCACCUACAGCCCGGACAGCAAGACCCUGGCCAUCCCUGUCUCACUGCUCCUGGGGGAAGAGUUUCAGAUCGAUUGGUCCUAGCAGACCACACCUGUUUAGAGGCCUCUCGGUGAGGCGAUGUACAGCUUUGGAUGGGGGCCUGUAAGAACCUGAGUCCUGGUCUUGACACAUCUUUGGUUUUUUUCCACUAUGUUGCUGCUUCUGCCCUUGAGGCACUGUGUUAGGAAAGGAGUGAGGCUUGCUAGUCUGUCUGUCCCCAGCUGUCCGUCCCUGACACUAGAGAAUGUGGAGCUCAGCAUGGGACACUGUACCUGCACCGACAGGCCAUGCAGCCACUGCGACUGUGACCCUACAGAGACAGAGCUGGUGAUGCCGUCAGGGUCCUAGGACUUGAGAAACUUACUGUGAAGUGCACUUAUUUAAAUAAACAGGACAUUUGGAACCAGCUCUCCUUCCAUCACCCCAUGUCGUCAUAUCACGCUCAUGUCACUCACAUCCCCAGUCAUCCUCAGGUCCCCAGCAUGACUCCUUCCAUCACCUCAGGUCUGCUUGUCACCUCUCUAGGCACUCCCCGCCGGAGUGACUGAGAACGUCCGCUGGAGCUGGUCAGGGAGGUAUUGGCGGAGACAUGCCAGGGAAGGGCUUCCCAGAGUGGGGCCUGAGACCAUAGCCCCAGGCAGAGAUCUGUCCCCAGAAAUGCAGGCCCAGGCUCCCUGGCGAGUCUGGAGCGAAGGAAGGUGUUUUAUGUCUGUCACAAACUGGUAAGUGUCACUCAUGCCCAAACUCUGUCACCAGGGCUGAGGGGUAGCAAGCCCAACCAAGAACCAAAAGCAUGAGGACCCUGGGAGCCACUCAUCUCACUGGGUCAUCAUGUCUGGAGUCCCUUCUAGAUCUCACUGGGUCAUCAUGUCUGGAGUCCCUUCCAGCUGGGCCUCUUCGCCUUCGGGGAGCAUCUUGUUAAGUACCUGGCUCCCAGCAGUCGUGUGGAAAGAGGAACAGGGUAGCAGCUGCCCGAUCCCUCCUUGGGGUCCUAGAAAGCAGAGGCACCUGACUGACUCCUGUGGGAGUGAGUCUCUCUGCCUGUGGUUUACAUCGUUUGUUCCUCCACCGCAUGGAGGACCUAGCUGACAGGCAUAGUUACGCUCCCCGAGUAUCCAGAGAGAACGGAAGGGAAGGAGCCAAGUGGCCACAGGCAUGCUGCCCCUGGCUCCCUGCUGGCCCUCACCCAAGAGCCUGUCAGGUGGUCUGGUGGAGCCAUGGACUGGCCACUAACGGUGUUCCCUGGCCACUGCCCGGCCCUUUAGCACACCUUGGGCUGCUGUGAAAGGCUGGUCCUACUUAGCCUGUCCUGAGCCCUGGACGAGGAGGGGGUUUUCCUGGAAGGGACAGGGUAAGAGGCGAGGAGUGGACUGGUCCACUGGCUGAGGCCUGAGGUCUGCUCGUGUCCCACGCUGUAUAAUCAUGAGACAUGGGCAGUGCAUCUGGAGAAGAGAUGUGCAAAGCCUGGGACUGUGCCACCUGGUCCUUCUGACGGGGAAGGCAGCCAGGGCCUUUGCAGUCCUUUCCUUGACUAUCGAGAGGCAGAUCAAGCAGCUUGGGACAAGCAAUGAGAAAUCAGUCAAGAGCUGGCCUUUUGUCCAUGCAGGCUACAUCUAGGAUGUUGUGAGUUCAUCUCUCAUUCAGCAUCUGUCUUGUCCUUGUUGGUAUGGCUGCCCUUGACUGUUCCAUACUUUUCCUAUUUUCUUUCAUUCCAACAUUACUUCCUAGAGGGAAGGUUCCAGAAGCUCCUGAAACAAGGUUCAUAGGGCCUCCCGAAAAGAUAUGUAGCAGUAACAGCUACCAGAUAGGAAACUCUCUAAACCAGCUGAGCUGGCUUGCGGUCUGUAGUCUGGGGACACAGCUCUCUGCAUGCUGGGGUGGGCUUUUCUGUAAUGCAACUGCCUUCAAGUCACCCAUUGUCAGUAACCCCAAUAAACCCUGCUCUGUUAA